AAACAAUUAUUGCUACUAUUUUAUAUACAGUACUGUGUCAUUGUUCAAUUGUUGGUUGACUUUUGGCAACAUUUUUACGCUAAUAGAUAUUUAGAAUGAAGAACAGACCAGAUUUAUAUUUUAUUAAAUGCAAAAUGUUGACACUUGCUUUCCUAAAAAUGCAUGGAUUAAGAUAAAAAGGUUCAUAAGAGCCAGUUUUUAAAGUUUUAAAAUAUUAAAGAUUCCAGCCCUUUUUAGUUUCCGUAGGGAAACAAAGGGGGAACUACAGUAUAUUUGACGUCAUCAAUUUCUAUCACAGUUUCCAUGAAUGGUUGCGAUCCGGAAACAGUAACAGCAAUGAAACAAUUUGUCAUGAGUCUCGAGGUGAAUGAGGUGAACUGAUUAAGAGAGCAAGCUUCCUCAAUAAGAUGACUUGUACUUUCCCAAACAAAAUUGUUAUGCCAUGGCGGUAGAUUUCCUGCCAUGUCCAAAUUUUUAGGAAGAGAGUUCCCUUAGUUUUGCAUCAAUCUGUAUUUCAAGAUGGAAAAUCAAACAGAAGCAGGAGGUUUUUGGGCUUGCAGCCGAUGCACCUAUCAUAACCGCCAUGGAAAAACGAAGUGUGAUAUGUGUGAAUGCAUACGACCUGAUGCCAAGCUUAGGCCAUUGGCUCGAGAGGAUGCUACAAACGAAUCAGUAUUGUUAAACCCAGAACAAAGUCAAAAGGAAGGUAAUCAAGAAUUUCCAAUAACCAUAGAUUGCGAUUUUUUGCCAAGAGGUGGUGGUAUAUCUAAACUUACUAACGGGAUUGCCAAAGGAGUGAAAGGUAAAAUUUGGAGUUGUCGUGUAUGCACACUAGAAAAUCCAAUAUCAAAUCUAUUUUGUGGGGCUUGCAAUGAAGGAAGACCAAGCAAAGAAAAAAAGCCUGCAAGACCACCUCCACCCAAGAGCAAAUCAGAAACAGACAAACAGUUUGAAUUAACAAGAAAAUUGCAGAGGCAAACAAGUAACAAAGUAGAAACUAUCAGAGAAGAUGAUGAAACCAAGGCAUUAAAAGAAUGGAAAAACAUUGUUUCAAUAUGUACAGAGGCAAAUGUGCCAUUUGUCGAUGAUUCAUUUCUACCAAAUGAAAAAUCUUUGGGGAGAAAAUCAACUAAAGUUAAACAGUGGAGACGACCUCAUGAUAUUAAGUCUGAUGCUGGUAGUGGUGUGCCAUGGGUUGUUUUUAGAGACCCAAGGCCUACAGAUAUAGCACAAGGAGUCCUUGGGAAUUGCUGGCUUCUGAGUGCUCUAGCAGUCCUUUCUGAAAGGCCAGAAUUGUUGGAAAGAGUAAUGAUUACCAGAGAGGUUUGCCGCGAGGGGGCAUACCAAGUCCGUCUAUGCCGGAGUGGGAAAUGGGAAGUUGUUUUAGUAGAUGAUCUGCUGCCCUGUGACGCUAAAGGGAAUCUUGUUUAUUCACAGGCAAGCCGGAAUCAGUUGUGGGUACCGUUGAUAGAAAAAGCUGUAGCUAAACUUUAUGGUUCUUAUGAAGCUCUAGUUGCUGGUCGUGCAAUUGAAGGCCUAGAGCUGAUGACAGGAUGCCCAUGUGAAAGCAUCAUGCUGAAAAUAAGGCCUGGAGAGGCAGUAGAUGAACCAGUUGAUGCUGACCUGGUUUGGGCAACGUUGUUAAGUGCAAAGGAUGCAGGAUUUAUAAUGGGAGCAUCGUGUGGUGGUGAUAUUGACGAUGAGGAACUUUUCGAUUCAUACAAGGCAGUGGGCCUGCAAGCUCAGCAUGCGUACUCCGUUCUCGACGUGAGGGCUGUUGGCCAGAACAGGCUGGUUCGAUUGAGAAACCCUUGGGGGCGUUGCUCUUGGACCGGUGCUUGGUCAGACCAUUCUGAUGAAUGGACCCCAGAAUUACGUACAACUCUCAUGGCCCACGGUGCUGAAGAAGGCGUUUUUUGGAUAUCACUGGAACAUAUGAUGGAAUAUUUCGACUGCGUUGAUGUUUGUAAAGUUCGCCCCAGUUGGAGCGAAGUUCGACUUGAUGGGAAAUUCUCUUGUGGUCAGGGAGAAUUAGGCACAAUCAGCAUCCUUCACGUUUUCCAGCCAACUGAUGUGGACGUCUGCUUGUUCCAAGAAUCGAAUAGAGGAUUUAGCGACGAAUCGGCAUCCCUCAUGGACAUAAUGGUGGGUGUGUAUGAAACAGCAGAGGGCGCUAGCCAGCCGCGCCCCCGUAGUCAUGUUGCAAACAGCCCACGCAAGAUUCGCCAGUCUGUGGGGUGUAAUGUGUUUCUUGAACCUGGUGCUUACAUGUUAGUCCCAUCUGCAUUUAGCCACUGGCACACUGUACAGUCGAAAGUGGCGCCCCCACCCUAUACGUUGACAGUGCAUAGCUCGCAGCCAGUCUUCAUUGAGCACAGCCCUGCCCCGCUACACACUCAAGCAGAUGCUUUGUUUCUUCUAUGUAGAAAACUUGGUAAACGUCAUGAGGGUAUAUCAGAAGUGACUUGUUACUACAUUUCUAAAGGAAUGUCGGGAUUAAUCAUAGCUGCAGAGAAUAGAAGAAAGGACAUGUUUCUCCAGCUGGAUUGCAACUGUGUUGACAGUUUUAACGUUGUCUCGAGCAGGGGGACGUUGGAAUCUCAUGAUGUUAUACGUCCUUAUCAUAGACAAAUUGUCAUUCUUCUAACGCAACUGGAAGCCAAUGAAGGAUAUUCUGUUUCACACAAAUUAAGGUUUAGGAUCACCAAUGAUAAAGGGACAGCAACCGAACCAGCAAGACCCCCUAUAACCACUGAGCUCAAAGGACUCCACGAAGUUUUGCCUUUAUGAAUUUAAUGGUUUACUAAUUAUCCUGAUUAUGAAAAUAACCAAUUUAUGUAUUUCUUUUUGCUUAGUUUGUUUAAUUUGUUCCAGGGAUCGAAGAGCGAUAGCGUAAUGAUUUUUGUAAUCUGUGAGCUACGAGGAGAACGGAGGAAACAAAACAAUUUGUUUCGUUACGGUUAGAAAGGUUUUCUGAAUUCCAUUUACCCUGAGUUUUUCUUCCAUUUUUUGUAGCCUUAGUUUUUGAUCAAAACGUGUGACGUUAUUUUGUACAUUUCAUUGUUUCACAGAUAUUAUUUUGCACAUAACUGUAAGAUCGCCAAUGCACUUGAUUUCCAUUAAGGUAGCAGGUGAAUAUUUUAGUAAGGUUUUCUUAUUUUUAAAUAGAGGGGUAUUUUGAUUUAAAUAUUACAGUACUGUAAUAUUGCGAUAAAUUUCUUAAGCAAAAUUGUUUUUAGUUCUAAAAGAAAACUCAUGGAUAGCAGAGAGAACAGAAUAUUUCUUCAAUCUAAGGUGAUUUUGAAGUGGGGGUGUUAAACCCUUUAAGAACUUGAGAAGAUCCUUCUCUAAGUUUUUAUCUUUCAGUAUGUACCAAUAACUAGGUCCUUUACCGUUGAAAUGAAGCAAAUACCGGGGCGAGGUAGUGACAGAGAGCCAUAUAACAGAAGACGAAGCCUGUUUUUAUAAACAUCUGAGAUUCGACCGACACUACCCCCGACGUAACGCAAAAUCAAACAAAUUUUUAUAUCAAUCAAUGGCCUUAGGUUAAUGUGUUUAUGAAAAACGAAGUCAAACCAGAAGAUUUAGCAUUGAAGGUUUCCGUUUGGUAUUUAUUCAAGCUUUCAAGACUUUUGCAGUAAAACUUUCUCGGCCAGGAGAUGGAAUGAUAUGGGGUUUUGCUCCUAAGUCUUAAGUUACUAUAGAAUUUGAUUCUUAAGUUCUGUACGACUUCAACAUAUCUUUUAUUCUAUAUCGGUGUCCUUUCCGUGAGAACCAUUAUUUAGCAAUCACUCCUAUAAAUAAGCGUCAUUAUUUGUUAGAGGUGAGAAAACGAUUACGAACUUGAUAAACGUCUAAUAAAGUGGUGUUCAGCGUACUUAUACAAUAUAAAAGUUAGCUAUAUAAUUUACAUUUUUAGAUAUAUGAUAUUGAAAUUAACUUAACAUUCUUACGUGUUUAUUACAGGUAUUGAGUGAUACAUGAAGUGUAAAUGUUUUA